AGAAAAAAAAUAGAAAAAAAUACAGAGCAGGUUUAGAUUUACGGCGCAAGCGCAUCAGACUACAGUCGCUCGUGCUUUGCCGUUUCGGAACCGGCACGGAGUUCGACGAUACCUCUUCUCCUCUUCUUGUGGGCCAACCUCUAAGGGAUCGUGGCGAAUCCGCUUGGAACCGACCGUUUUUUUAUCAGAAACUCCUGUUAGGCGCGGAGCUCCACGCCUUGACGUGCCUCGUGCUUGCUUUGCGGCAGGUGAUUGGUGGCCUUUGGCGCCCAGAGCAACACUUCUCUGGAGGCCCUGAAUCGGAGCACGAGAAACGUUGUUUUGCUGCCUUUCUCACUCUGCCUCUUCAUCGCUUGGUCCCAUCUGUUGAGGCGCACGCCAAGGCUGUUUCAUAACCAGAGAUUUGUCUCGAGUGACACUUUUUGAUCCGGAUCGUCCAGGAUUCUGGAUUCUCUGUUUGCCUUCUUUGUUUUGCUCUUUUAGUAAAACCUGUAAGGAGGUUUUUUUUUGUUUUCCAAGAAGAAAAACAACUUUUUGCUUAAUUUUCCUUCAAUUUUCCCAAAUCGGCUUCAACUAUGGUUUACUUGUGUUCACAUAGUAGUCCCACUUGAACAGAAGCCAAUCUAGUUCCGCUGCGCCAGCCUCGUCCUACACUAGUAUGAGUUAUGAUGGCUGCACAUCAACGCCCAGCAGCAGCACUCAGGGGAGAGUGUCGGGUGCCCACCUCAAAGACCAGGACGGAGACCCCCAGGGCCUGAGCCGGCAGAAGGCCGACCAGCCGGGCCCCCAUGGCUCCCCACAGGAGCGGGGACACGCAGACGACGGGGUGUCGUCCAUGGAAGGAGGGUCCAGGUCCGGAGACCAGCGGGGACCGAGCUCGGACGAGAUGGAGGGGAUGUCCAGCGGGAACGACUCCGGCGAGAGGGAGAGCCACCCGCGCUCCUGCGGACACCAGUCCUCACGGAGCUCCCACAGCUCCUCAAACGGGAAGGACUCCGGCUUGAUGCUGGAGAGCAACAAGAGCUCCAACUCUCAGAGCCUGUCCCCCCCCGGGGGCUCCCUGGCCUACAGCCUGCUGUCCACCAGCUCUGAGCACGACCCCCCCUCCACCUCCGGCUGCAGCAGCGACCAGUCGGCGAGGCUCCAGACGCAGAAGGAGCUCAUGAAGGCCAUCAAGGAGCUGAAGCUCCGGCUGCCGGCCGAGCGCAAGGGCAAAGGUCACUCCAGCACUCUGAGCGCGCUCAAAUACGCUCUCCAGUGCGUCCGACAAGUCCGAGCCAAUAAGGAGUACUACCACCAGUGGAGUGUGGAGGAGUGUCAUGGCUGCAGCCUGGACUUGUCUGCCUUCACGGUUGAAGAGCUCGACAACAUCACCUCAGAGUACACCCUGAAAAACACGGACACCUUCACCAUGGCCGUGUCCUUCCUGUCGGGGAGAGUCGUGUACGUGUCGCCGCAGGGCUCGUCCCUGCUGCGCUGCAAGCCCGAGUGUCUGCAGGGGACUAUUUUUUCCGAGCUCCUGGCUCCCCAAGACGUCAGCACCUUCUACAGCAGCACGGCGCCCUGCCGCCUGCCCCCCUGGGCUUCCUGCAUCGGCUCGGCCUCCCCUCCCGCCGACUGCACUCAGGAGAAGUCCAUGUUCUGUCGGAUCAGCGCCGACCGCGUACAGGGCGGGGAAAUGCGCUACUACUCCUUCCGCCUGACGCCCUACCAGCUCACCCUCCGAGAUUCGGACGCCGCAGAGCCGCAGCCCUGCUGCCUGCUCAUCGCAGAGAGAGUCCACUCAGGAUACGAAGCCCCCCGGAUCCCCCCGGACAAAAGGAUCUUCACCACCAGCCACACUCCCAGCUGCCUCUUCCAGGAAGUUGACGAGAGAGCUGUGCCGCUGUUGGGUUACCUGCCCCAAGACCUGGUGGGGACCCCAAUCCUGCUCUACAUCCACCCGGAGGAUCGACCCACCAUGGUCGCCAUCCACGAAAAGAUCUUUCAGUUCGCAGGGCAGCCGUUUGACUAUUCACCUUUACGGAUGUGCGCCCGCAACGGCGAGUAUCUGACCAUCGACACCAGCUGGUCGUCCUUCGUGAAUCCCUGGAGCAGAAAGGUGGCUUUCGUCAUCGGACGCCACAAAGUCCGAACGAGUCCUCUGAACGAAGACGUGUUCACGCCACAGCCGGGCUACGAGACCCAGGUCACCACGCCGGACAUCGUCCAGCUCAGCGAGCAGAUCCACCGUGUCCUGGUGCAGCCGGUGCACAGCAGCAGCUCCCAGGGUUACAGCUCGCUGGGCUCCAGCGGCUCUCGGGGUUCCCGCCGUUCCCAGCAGCACCACCACAGUGCCUCCGCAACGUCGUCCAGCGACAGCAACGGCCCCGCCAUGGAAGAAGCUGCGGCCGCCUCAUAUAAACCCAUGACCUUCCAGCAGAUCUGCAAAGACGUCCACAUGGUCAAGACUAACGGGCAGCAGGUCUUCAUCGAGUCCCGGAACCGCCCCCCUCCCCGAAAACACGCCAGCACAGGUGCAACAAAGGCCGCCAACAGCGACCCAAUCAGAGAUCUGAUAGCAGACGUGACACAACCGUCCAAAGCUCUGGUCCCUGCACAGCUAGUGCAGAAGGAUGCCACCACCGGGUACUCCUACCAGCAGAUCAACUGCCUGGACAGCAUAGUCAGAUACCUGGAGAGCUGUAACAUUCCGAACACGGUCAAAAGGAAGUGCGGCUCCUCCUCUUGCACCGCCUCCUCCACGUCCGACGACGACAAACAGCCGGACGCCGGCUGCAGCAACAAAGGUGGUUCAGUUAACCUUGUAGGUGAACCACCUACUCUGCCUCCUCUGACCAUGGCGGCCAAGGCAGAGAGUGUAGCCUCAGUUACGUCUCAGUGUAGCUUCAGCAGCACCAUCGUCCAUGUAGGAGACAAGAAACCUCCCGAGUCAGAUAUAGUCAUGGAAGAGGCUCCUGUAGUUCUGGCUCCUCCUCCUCCUCCUCCUCCUCCUCCCACCGCUCGUGUACUGACUCCUUCCGCUGUCACAGCAUCCACCUCCACAGUCGGUUCCAUCCCCCCUGCCAACGCCGCCGUGACCCCCUCUGUCCCGGCCUCCCUUCCCCAGACUGGACAGCCAGAGAGGGAGAGCUGGAGAGGCGGCGGCGGCGGCGGCCGCUUGGGGCUGACCAAAGAGGUGCUGUCAGCCCACACCCAGCAGGAGGAGCAGGCCUUCCUGGACCGCUUUAAGGACCUGAGUAAGCUGCGGGUCUUCGACCAGACGGCGUCUUUGGCGGCGCGCUGUCACGUCCCCGCUGCUCCGCCGCGAGGCGUGCGCUGCUCUCGGGACUACCCCGCUGCAGGGGGCGCCAGUGCCCACCGGCGGGGGCGGGGCGCAAAGAGGCUGAAGCACCAGGAGUCGUCGGAGCAGCACGCCCCUCUGGGUGUGAGGGGAAACCGCCAGGACAGCAGAGCCGGCGCCGCCCCCAUGCCGCUCUCCAUGCCUAUGGGGGCGGCUGCAAACUCCUCCUCCUGGCCCUCUGCGGGCUCCCAGGCCAGCAUGCCCCCCGCCGCCUUUGCCCCAGGAAUGUUCCCCUUCUACCCCAUCUACCCGCCGCUCCAGGAUCUGUCUCGUUUCCCCCCCACCCCGACCGUCCCUCCAAUGAUGGCGCUUGUCGUGCCCAAUUACAUGUUCCCCCAAAUGGGGGCGCCCAUAUCUCAACCCGGUUUCCCCCCAGGACAGUUUUACAACCCCAACUACACUUAUUUCAGCCCCCCUCCAGCCCCCGUCUCCACCGUUUUCAACCCCAUGCCCACCCAGGGCAACUACCCCCCCUCCCAAAGCAGCACGGCCGAGUCCUGCACGCCCGCCGACCGGGAAGGCGCAGACUCCCCCCUCUUCCAUUCCCGUUGCUCCUCCCCCCUCAACCUCCUGCAGCUGGAGGAGUCGCCAAUCAACCGGCUCGAGGUUGCCACGGCGCUGGCUGCCUCCCAGCAAGCCACGCCCUCUGCGCAGGGCAGCGUUCCAGCCGGGGGGCAGAACUCGGCCAACCCGAGGAGCUCCACAGAUGCUUCCAAGGAGAACGGGGAGGCCAACGAGUCCAACCAGGACGCCAUGUCCACCUCCAGCGACCUUCUAGACCUGCUGCUGCAGGAAGACUCCCGCUCCGGCACCGGCUCUGCUGCCUCCGGAUCAGGGUCCUCUGGCACCAGAUCUUCAGGUUCUGGUUCCGGCUCCAACGGCUGCAGCUUGUCUGGCACCAGCGGCACCAGCAGCAGCCAGGGCAGCCACACCAGCAAAUACUUUGGUAGCAUCGACUCCUCCGAGAACGACCACUCCCGCAAGCAGCCACCAGGGGGCGGCGGCAGCAGCAGCGCCGGAGGAGAUGGCGGCGAAGAGCAGUUCAUCAAGUGUGUGCUGCAGGAUCCCAUCUGGCUGCUGAUGGCCAACACGGACGACAAGGUCAUGAUGACGUACCAGCUGCCCGUCAGGGACAUGGAGACGGUGCUGCGGGAGGAUCGCGAAGCCCUGAGGAACCUGCAGAAACACCAGCCCCGCUUCACGGAUGAGCAGAAGAAGGAGCUGAGUCAGGUCCACCCUUGGGUCAGGACGGGCCGCCUCCCCCGAGCCAUCAACAUUUCGGGCUGCGCCGGCUGCAAGUGUCCCCCGGCGAUGCCGCCCGACGCCCCCUUCGACGUGGAGAUCCACGAGAUGGAGCUGUGCACGGUGCUGAAGGCUCAGGAGGAGAGCUUCAAGAAGAACCGCGCCGCUGACGCUCACCCAGAGGAGGAGGACGACGACGAGGCGGAGGAGAAGGAGGCCGAAGCGCAUCAAGCUGCGGUCGCAGAGGCACAGAGUUUGAGAUCAGGAACGUUGGAGCGACAAGGACAGACUUGAAACCAGCAAACAAGAACCUCCCGGAACGUGAAGUUAGGAGAAUGGAGCUCCGUGGGAGCAGAACAUUCCAGAAAAACUGUCGACAAUCUGACGGAUCAGGAGGGACAUUUUUGGGGUUCGAUCGCUGAUUGACUAUAGAAUCUCCUCAGAAACCUCCAAAAGUGAACACUCUGGUUUAUAAGAGUGAAUCCUUACCACACACACACACCUUUGAGCUGUUCUGUUCUGUUUUAUUUAUUGAAGUUCUUCUAAGAGGAGAACCUCCUCACUGGGGUUUUUUUUAUCUCCUGUGGUCCACGGUGAGCUUGUUAAGAGACAAGUUUUCAUGUUUGACCUUCCUUCCUACUGAAUGUUUCUGCUCUCAUUUUCAUCCUGUAGGGAUAAAUAUAUACAUAUAUAUAUGUAUAAUUUUUUUAAAGGGAAAGUUCUGCCCCAAAUGAUACAGAGCACUUAUCCGAGAACAUGUACAGUGGAAGUCACAAGUUAUUUUGUGUAUAUUUUUGUACUUGAAUUCCCCACAGAUCAGCAAACUCCAAGAAAGAAGAAAAAAGUUUUUUGUGAUGCAAAAACCAAAAAAGUUUUCCGGACAAUGAGAGGGAACCGCCAUGAUGUCUGUGGAGCAUCAGUGCAGCCGCUUUAAUGGAGCGCCAGAAGAAAUAAAGGAUUAAAGUCCCACUCCGAUCAUCUUUUCAUCUAUUUUUCAAACAGUUCCCAGUGGUCUUUUAAUCUCGAUAAUGCCGCUUUUAGACAAAAUCAUUGACGUAGUCUCUGCAGAGGGGCAGGCGGGAGUUCAUAAGAAAUUCACCUCUGAGUUAUGGGCGGGACCGAUAGCACAGAGCACCUCCCCCUGUUGCCGAGAGCUCUCUGUUCACAACCCCAACCCAACAUUACCAGCUUGGACGAGGAAAACACGUGGAUCUACAAGUGGAGCGGCCCGCCCAGGGAAUAAUCUGUCACAAAUCGAUCCUUUUCAAACUGCAUUUUUUUUUUCCCCCUCUGCUCCUGAAUCAGGAAAUCAAUAAAAGAAAAACUCAGUUUUAAGCUAAUUUUUCAAAAAAAUAUAUGUCCUCCAUCUUUUGAAAAACGCCCAAAAAUAAAGUUAAAAACAGUUUUCAUCGGAGUGGGUCUUUAAAGAAUCACACGAUACCAUCUCCGUGUGGUCGGCACCUUCAGGAACUGUGAAGCCUUGGCGGGAGCUUUGUGUCGCUAGCGUGUGUCAUAAGUGAGAUCCACUAAAGGUGGAACUACUUUGUAAGAAAAUCCUGAGAUUUUCAAGUACUUUUUUUUUUCUCUAUUUCACUUUUUCUUUUUUGUGUCCAAUUGUGUAAUAUUGUAACAGUUUCUUAUUUUUUGUGCAAUUCUUUGUAAAAAAAUGAAAAUAAAAUGACUAAUAAGGCCUCAAA